UUGGCCUUUUUUUGUUUAUAGAGUGAAAAAUAAAAAGUGCACAGGUGAUCAAAUACCACCAAAAGAAAGCUCUAUUUGUGUGAAAAAAAGGACGUCAAUUUUGUUUGGGUGCAGCAUUGCAUGACCGCGCAAUUAUCAGUUGAAUUAGUGCAGCGCCGAGUAGCAAAAAGAGGCCUGGUCAUUAAGGGGGGUAAAUCCUCUGGAGCUCAAGUGGUUAAGGAGCGAUGUCAGCCCUUCACUAGUUAUCUGUGUGAAAAUUCUCCCUCCAGAUUCUCCAGCCCAGAGAGAGGUCUUAGUUACUUU